CGAGUCGGUGCCCGCUAGCAACGACGACAGCAGUCAGACAGAAUCGUCGACAGACCCUCGGAGAAGCUGAAACCACGAAUUUCACGAUUUUUCAAUUGAUCAUUGUAAGUGAAAGGUUCAAAUAAUGGGAGCAUCAAGUAGCAGUAGUGGUCCGCCAGCUUUAAUCUCUAUGAACAAACAUGAGGUAGAAACUUUGUAUCCGGAAGAUGCUUGUCCCACGAACAAUGGAAGACAAAGAACGUACGUCGGAACAAGCAUCUACAAGGACGAGGAUCAGCCACGAUCACAAGAUCCAAACCCCUACACAACCAUGAGUACUAACGAAUUCUGGGAUCAGAGGCCAACGGCACCCAGCCUAUCAAAUAUGCUGCCUCCUAAACGCGAAACUCUGUUAACGUGUGCUACGCAAAUGACAGGUUGGCAGUCCGCCGAUGGUCACGAUCAUCCAAUGUGUCAACAGAAUAAUGAAAUCGUCGAGCUUUCGCGAAUUAUCUCGCAGCUGGCCAUAGCCAAUCAUCAAUUAGCCAGUACGCAUAGUGCAACGUUAGCGCGCAUGGAAACGUUAUAUUUAGAAUUGUCGAAGGAUAGAGAGAACCGGAAGCAAAAGAUUUCAACAGAAAAUCUGGAAAUAUGCGGGAACAUCCCCCAGAAAAGACUGUACGAUGAAAACGUUGGAAAUGAAGAAAUACAAAGAUUGGAGCAACGUGUUCUUAGACUAGAAGAAUUGCUGGAGACAAGUUCUUUUGAACAGUACAAACAGCGAUGCUUGCAAGAGGAUAAUAAACUGCGUUCCAGAAAGGAAAAAUCGGAGGAUUCGUCGAAAACACAAAAUACAAAGAACGAGAAUUCUUAUUCGAACUCCGCGGAAUCGCGUUGUGAAUCGUCAGAGCAACGAUCGAAUCAUAUUGUGACAGAUGCCAUUGGUGAAGUACCUGGCGAUUUUGGCGAUUAUCGAGGCACUGUCAGCAAGGAAACGGACUUUCAUAUACACUAUAGUGCUCAUUUCGAUGAUUCCGUGACGAAUAUUCCUACGUUAGACGAAAACUCAUGUUCUCUGAACGUAGAUUUAGAUAAAGUGCGCAGAAGACGCGCAAGGUUGAGAAAUGACGAACAAGAUCCGAUAAGAAAUUCAGCGAGUGAAGAAAUAUUUAUUAAAGAUAAAGAAAUAUUUAAGUUGUCCGAAGAAGUUGAGAAAUUAAAAGCGGAUCGACUGAAAUUUCAGAGUGCAAACGAAAGACUGCUGUACAACUUGACGGAUCAAAAAAAUUUAGUUGAAAAAUUAGGCGUAGAUUACGAGGAACUGAAAACGCAACAUGUAACUGUAGAAGCUAAUUUGCACGAAAGCAGGCAACAAUACGACGAACUGACAAAACACUUAGACUGCGCUAAGAAAGAAAUCGAGAGAUUGCUAAAAGAAAUCGAUAUAUUUCAAUCAGAAAAAGACACUGCCGAUGCGAGAAUUUCAAUUUUGGAAGAGAAUCUACAAAAAUCACUGCUCGAUACUGAACGGAUUAAGAAUGUAGAAAGCCAAAAGAUAUCAGAAUUGCGAACACAAUUGUCCGAUGAACUUUUGGGUAAAAAGAAGCAGAUUAAGGCUCUUGAAGACGCUUUGCAAGAGAUUCAAAGACUGAAAGAGACUAUGAAGACUGAAAGAAGAAACGAAGACGAUGUUGUUUCAACAGGAGAUAUUGAUAUUGUCGACUCAAUAGACGAUAUAUCGGAAAAUACAUCGAAUCCAAAUCGUGCCGAUUCCAGUAUGGACGAGUUUAGAAAGGAAUUAACCCUGAAAAGGGAAGCUAGACAUAGGGCUAUCGCGGCGGUCUCAUCUGAGAUGGAAAGACUUAGAAGAGAAUUGGAUGUUGAGAAGAAAGCUCAUUCCGAAACGUCGAGCAUGUUAGCUCAAUUACGUUCCGUCUAUAGCAAUCGAGAUCCACAAGAUCUUGAUCUCGCGAAUGACAGUUUUGUGAAAACUACGAUGAAAGAACAAGAACGCAACCACACGGAUGAAAGCGAGAAAGCGUUAAAACGCGCGGAAGCGCAACGAUUGACGCGUGUCCUAAAAGUAUCUGAUGAGUUAAGAAAUGACGUGCGAUAUCAAAUUGAGAAAGUGGAUGACCUUCGUUACCAUCUGGAGACCGAUUCAGAGCGUCACCGACAACGUAUUCGUUGUUUGACGGAAGUGGCCAACAAGGCACGCACGUCUCUCAUUACGCGAGAACAUCAGACCAAUGAGUUGAAGAACUAUCUAGCUCAACUGCUGGUUAGAUUGGGUGAUAGGAGUUUCCUGGAAAUUCAAGAUGACGCGGGAAUCGAAUGCGAUCGACAGUUGGAGAAUAUAAACGCGUUGAAAAGUCUUUACAAUGAAAGAUUGAGGGUCUUGACCGAGUUGAAAGAUUCCGCGACUAGGGAGCUGACGGAUGUGAAACAGAAAAUGGAAUACGCUCUAAAGAAAUCGGAGAAUUUAGAAGAGGAGCUUAAGAGAGCCGAAGACAAGGUCGACGCUCAAGACUCGGAAAUCACAAACUUGGAAUCGCAAUUGGGAUUAACCAAGGCAGAUUGCAGAGAUCUUCAGAAUCAGAUGUCUCUCAUUAAUGGAUUAUUCACGCAGAUGUUGCUCGGAGCUUCCUCUGCAGACAUGGAUCUUGAUCGGUUAACUCAGUUGCUACAGGAAAAUCACGAUCUUAUAAGUAACAUAGCCAGGGAAGAAAGUACCGAAGCAGCUGCUCUUCCUAAACUUCUUUUAGAUUUAAUUGAGCAAGUCGAAGGCGGUAAAGCAUCCCAGAAACACGCAAGUGAAGAGAAUAGUGUAGAAAAUGUUAGCGAAGUUGAUAGGAAGGAAGAUGACCUCCAAGAAGAAGAUAUCGCCCAUAAUUUACCAAAGGUGUGGCGCGUUUUAUUGGAACUACUUAGUUGCCACGCGGUGACCUCUCCGAGCGUUUCCGUUGCGUCCUGUUCGGAUCCGAACAGCUGCUACAAGUCUGUGGACACUCCGGCCGGUCCAAGAUUGGUAAUAUCCGUGAGCAAAACGUACAUUCGUUUGAAGGAGUUAAUUCUGGAGAAGAAGCAUUUGGAGAAGGAGAUGAAUCGCAUGAAGCAGCUGAACGUUCAUUUGGAAAGUAAACUGGGCGAACAGGAAAAGAGACUUUCUAUGGUGUCGGUCGAAUUGGCCAAAACAUGGAAUAUCGUCGGCCGGAUGCAAGCGCAGCAUCAGCAGUUGCACACGCACGAGGAAAUAUUAAGAUACGAGUUGCAGGAGAAGAGAAAAAUGUUGCAGGAAUUGAAACAGGAGUUAGAAUACUGCAGAGAGAAAUGGGAAUCGGCUAGACAAAAAAACACAAAUACUGAACGGGAAUGGAGAAACUUACGUCGCGAGUUCGCUGCACGAAAAGCUUUAGCUGUCCAUGACUCUUUCAAUAGCGCUGAAAGCGGUUUCAGUGAUGAGAGAGGUGAUGAUACUGAUGAAGAAGAAGAAGCAAUUGAGGGACGAAUCAGACACGGCCCGCGUAGACGAACACGAAAGGAGAGUCCUAGAGCGCCGACGCCAGACACAGAAUCCGAACAACCGACAGAUACAGAACUGUCAGAAUCAAAGACUAGUUCUUCGGUGACUUUGGAACAACGCACGCCGACUCCAGAGACCGAAGCGGAAUUGGACGAGGCAGAAAUCGUGCAUAUUAAUCCAGAACUUAUUAACAUGACGGAAGCUGAUAGUGUUAUGGAAGGAACGCAAGAGAUUCUGGAUCCUUUAGAUCAAGCUCUUACCAACGUUAUACAAAAUCUUAUAAAAAUUGACCACGAAGAAGGCGAGAAUGUUUCAGCUUCGCGGGAGAAUAUGACAUCUUUCGAAGAUCCAUGCGACAAUCCAAUCCUUGAAACCAGCGACGACACAAAAACUGAUCAAACGACAGCUUCUAGGACAGAUUUAUGCGACGGAAAUUCGCAAUCUUCAACACUGACCAUCGAAUCUCGAUAUUCGUCAUCCGAUGUGAAGAUAUUAAAACAAACUACGAUUAUCGACUUGCCUUCAACAGUGCCUAAUGGUGAAUUAUUUGAAUUGUCAUCCAGAAAUUCAUCAAGGCAGCUUGAUAAAGACGAUAACGGUGAGACAAUAAAAUCCGAAAGUACUCCGUCAUCGUCCGUUUCUCAGACACCCAGCGCUACUGUUACGAAUACAACCAACACGAUGUCCGUCUUUUCCAUUGGACCUCUUCCUGUAUCUAACGCAUCAUCCUCGUCAAUAAAAAGCGUGCAGUUCAGCAAUCCCUUAAUCAUGGGUCCGUCUAAUCGUUUUCUCGCUCCAGUUUUUGGUACGGCAGCGACAGAAAUGGAAAGUUUUACGGAUAAUUGUAUCAUCUCCUCGUCAAACGUUUGGUCUUCCUUGUCAGCUGUAUCAAGUCAAGAAGAGGAGUCGAUAGAAGGUACGGAUCAACGAUCUUCCAAAAUAAUAGACAACAUUGUAGAUUCUGACAGUGUCUCCGUGGAUUCUUCUUCGAGUUUGGAUACGGUCCGAGAAUUUCCUAUGGCCAACGUUAGUUCUAUGCCUUCGUCUACAUCAGAGUCUAAAGACGAGCUGCAGGAAAGCGGGAUAAGUGCGCAAAAAGAAAUUACUUUGAUUAAAUCUCGAACUCCAGAAGAAGUUUUGGCGACACGAGCCGAUCGAUUGAAACGUUUGGAGGAACAGGCUGAUUGGCUUAUGAAAAAAAUGAACGCUACAAGUAAACGUGGUACUGCUCUCUGCACAAGAUUGGAGGAGCUUCAUAAUACUUAUAGUGAACCACCGGUUCCUCCACCUAUGCCAGAUGUUUUACCUAGCUAUAGGUUACCAUGCACUCUGCCCAAUCUACCUCGUCAGGUAAAAAUAUCUGGAUCGUUAUCCGCUGCUAGCAAUAUCAAGAAUAUCGAAGGUGAAAAUUCAAACACGGUGAAAAAUGAUGCAUCAGCGAUAAGUGAAAAUGUGCCAUAAAAUGUAAUUUUUUACUUGCAGAAAAAAAUUAGUUAAUAUAAUUUGUUUUCGAGCAAACAAAACUGCAACCCCUUCUCUAUAUACAAAAGUGCACCGCAAAACAAUGUAUUUUAUAUCGUGAUGUGUCCCGAAUGUAAUUAAAGUCCAUUUAUAGUAAUAUUAAUGCAGCUAAUAAUAAAAUAAGCUGUAU